CCAUCCCUCUCACUCCACCUGAAUCUUUUUCCCCUAGAGACUCCAAUCCUCUGGGCAAAUGGUCUGUGUCUUGUGGGUGAUGUCAUCUCUGUCAAAACUCGAGUGAAAAAAAAAAAAAAAAUUACAGGCCACGGACAAUUCUCGAAAUAUAUACAACACAUUGGCCCAUUUGGUGUUAAAGUGAUUUGUUAACUGUUAUGCACGUCAUUGGGUCAAUCGACAUUGGAAUAACUGAUGAUGAAUUGAUUUUGUGAGGCACAAGUCCCAGAACAAGGGCUUUCUUCAUUCAAUUAUUGACGAGCGUUGGUCUCCAGUGAUAAUUGACCAGCUCAAAUAACCAGUAUAAAAUUCCACACGUACUGGAUAUGCCGUAGAUCUAAAUCACAGGAUGGCAGUUCUUACGAUGAAUGGCAAAAAGUGGUACUCCGUCUCUGGUUUUUCCUGUCUAUUACCAGAUGACAGACCAAUAACAGCAAUAAGUGUCGUCGAAGAUAUCGAGAAAUGUCCACCGAGAUUCACAGCUGUGUCAAAAACCUACGACCAAGACAUUGACGCUGAUCUCUGGCGAGAGAGUGGUCUAUUCAUACGACGAAAAGGCAGAUACAUAUGUUACUCAAAAACCGAGGGUGUACCAAACUACGUUGUCCAGGAAAUAACGGUUAUCAACGAGAGAGAAACACCACCAGAUGGCUUCAGCAUGAUUCCCCAAACGAUAGACACAGACCAAAAGGCAUGGAGAAAGAGACAGGUGUGCUAUAAGCUAAGAAAUAGGGAUGCUUGCUCAACAGCUGUGACGGAUAUCAUUGUCUGCAGUAGAAUGAAAAAAGGCCCCACCGGCUUCACCUACGCUGGGGAGAUCAAUGGAGUCGUCAUCUGUUACAAAAUUAGCCAAAUAGUUAAUACAGACACCAGCUCACAAUCAUACGAAAAUAUAAAUGCAUUACAGAACGUAUCGCCAAAUCCAUCAAAUGGUGUGUCUCGUCGAGUCCCUCCAGAGCGACCACCAAAGCCAAAAUUCUCCCCCAAGCCCCAGAAUGGAAUCUAUCCACAGGUGCCAGCAACAAUAAUAAAUGAGGUUGACGAUUCAUUGGAUCGUGAUUAUGAGGUACUGAGUCCAAAUGCAAGAAUCAAACCGACUAGACCAGCACCUCAGCCUCCAGUGUCUUCCCAAAUCAGCUCAAUGCCCAUGUAUGGCACAUUACCAGGAUCAUCUGAUCUCGAUGGUGUACCCUUUGUCCUCAAUCCUCUUUUGAGCCUUGAGAGUGACACCGGAAUCAAAAUUCCAGUUAUUAAAGUGCGCACUCGUCGAGAAUUAGAUAAAGAGUAUUAUUACGACUUCCGCGCAGAACGAGAAACCUAAGGAAGUCGUCAGUUAAUAGUCGUGCCAAACGAAUUGUACGAAGUACCAUACUACUUAUAAUCAUCAGUUAUAAUCCCAAUGUUUUGUAUCCAUAAGAGUAUAGCGUUUUAACCGAUACGAGUGUACUAGAGUGCCUGAUUGAAUGAUUCAUAUUAAUCAUGUGAAAAUAUUGUGACACCUCGCAAGCCCACCAGGUGAACGAAAGAAAAAAAAAUAUAUAUAUAUAUAAAUAUCAUUUUAAAAAUUCAGUAAUCAAGUCGUAAAACAGAAUGAUUCGUUCUAUCCACCUGAAAAUAAUAGAUAAUUAAAUUUUUAUCAGGACCUUUUAUGUAGAUUAAAAUCACAGCUGAAAAAACAAUUUCCCCAAAAAAUUCAUUCUCUUUUAAAAAUUCGGUGAUAUCCUCGUAAAUUCAUCUAUUAUUCAAAUCGAAUAAUUCUGUUUUGCCCCUGCACUGCUGACCUAGUGUUUAAGUGAAGUAGGAGACCGAUUGUUUUCAUUAAAAAAUCAUCUGCUCCACUUACACCUCAUAUCUUCCACAAACAACACUUUUUACAUCGUCUAGGCGUCGGUGACGUUUUACCCAGCCUAAUCAAUACAAGUAUUGUAUUUUUAUAUAGUUUGGUUGUAUUUUUUUCUAUAGUAGUUACUAAGUGUUUAAAAUGUGACUAUUACACGUACUAGUUACUUAUAAAUUAAGACGAAAAAAAAAAAAUAAAUAAAUAAAUAAGAAAAAAAAAAUUCAUUAUUAUUGCACAGGUAAUUUCAUUCGAACAAUGGAAUAAACAUCACGUGAAUAAAUUUUUUUUUUCAAUAAA